AUGUCAAAUAACAAGGAUUCGAAUGUUAAGAAAAAUAAGUUAAUUAGAAGUAGAACAAAGCAUAAACAUUUGGAAGAACACUACGAUGACCAUCUCAAUGAAAUUCUACCAGGUAACCUUCAUCGUGGUGAUAUAGUGUCAUCUAAUCGAAUGCUAGCAUAUUCUGAUGCUAUCAUGGCUACUUGUGCAACUUUUCUUGUACUUCCUUUAAGAAAUUUAGAAGGUCUUAAAGAGAAUCAACCGCUGUUUGACUAUGUCCAAUCAAUUCACAAAGAGUUUAUUGUGUUUAUAAUUGGAUUUCUAAUUGUUCUUACAAUUUGGGAAAAUAUAAACAUUCGAGGUCUUGUUAUUAAACGAGUUGACGAUUUUAUGCUGACUCUAGUUAUUUUAGAGAUGUUGGUAACUACAAUCCUUCCCUAUUCGCUGGCUCUUCAAGAACAUUAUCCGCAUGAAAAGGUUGCAAUUGUAAUAACUUGCUCUGUUUUAGGCGUUCUUCAAGUAAUUGAUAUUGUAAUCAUAUUAUACGCCACGCAUUCGCCUAAAAUGCUGCAUGUUGAUUUGAAAGACUGGGUAAAGUCUGAUCUUCGAGAGCUGACAUUAGUAAUGAUCUUUAGACCGCUAAUUAGUUUAUUUAUAUUAACACUGGCUGGUGUGUUGUGCUUAGUCCACUACAGUGCAUCUUGGGUUUUUAUUGCUAUAUUUACGUUUAUGCCAACAAUUGGUAAAGUUUAUUGGUUUGCUCGUCGGCGAAUGAACAAAUUUGAAGAAACAGAAAAAGAUUCGUUUUUAUUUCAUUUUUCAAAAGGCAAUGUAUCCAAAGAACGCGUUGAAAUUAUGAGCGAUGCUGUUUUUGCUAUUGUUGCCUGUAUUCUUAUACUCGAUAUUACUGUCGAAGAAUUUCCAGAUAAAUUAAAUGUUAAUGAAAAUUCUCUCAAUUUUGCGUUAAACCACAUGAAAUUGGGAUUUAUGACGUUUCUUGGAACGUUUAGUUUUGUUUCAGCUCUGUGGUACAUUAACCACACAGUUCUUCAUUUGUUAAAACAUGUAAACUCAAUCAUAAUCUAUGUUCAAAAAUUGUUCCUUGUACUUUGUUGUCUUUGUCCAAUUGCUGCUAACAUGCUUUCACAUUUCGCUUCAAAAGGAGAUCAUGACUCCGUUAUUGCAAUACGUUUUUCUGCAUUAGUUGUGUUUUUAUCAAGUAUUGCUAACUUCUCAAUACUAUUAUAUGGCUUACUUUCCAAAAAUAAAUAUAUGCAUGACUGGGCUUCGCUUGAGUAUGUUCAGUUAAACACACGUCAGCACUUGUAUACUUUAGUGAAGUCACUGAAUAUGCCAUUUUGGUCAUUAAUUUGUAUUUUAGGCACUUUUGGUUUAUCUAGUGCUGCUCCUUAUGUUUUGUAUUCUUCAAUCAUUGCUGCAUUGUGCACUUUUUUUGUCUCAAAGUUUAUUCUUAUGAACCAUGUGGGUAAAACGACUGCUUCCUACACAAUACGUAAAACUUCAUCUUCUGAAAUGAUGCUCCCGAGAGACAGCACUUCAAGUGAGGAUGUUCUAUUUGAAAUUAACAAAGAAGACGCCUACCCAGCGGGCACUGAAUAA